AUGGCAGCAAACCCUUCAGGACAAGAUUUUCAAAACACAAAUAGAGUUGCAAUCUUGGCAGAACUGGACAAAGAGAAACGAAAAUUACUUAUGCAGAACCAAUCUUCAACAAAUCAUCCUGGAGCUAACCUUGUACUCUCCAGACCCGCUCUUAAUAAGGACUUCCGGGAUCAUGCAGAACAGCAGCAUAUCGCAGCCCAGCAGAAGGCAGCUUUGCAGCAUGCUCAUGCACUUUCAUCUGGAUACUUCAUAAAUCAAGACUCUGCUUUUGAAAAUUUUAUUCUUCCUGUUUUACCUCGCCUUGAUCCAGAAUGA